AUGAAAAAGGCCCAGGAGCGCUCUAGCAGUCAUGUGUCCUCCUGGCCGGCAUACACACCAAGCCACACUAUCCUGCCCAAAAGGAAGCCUUGUGAUUGCCCUGAAUUAAAAAGCGGUGCCAAAAGUCCAGUCAGUCUUCUCACUUCAAAGCCACGCUACCUUGAAAUGCUGGAAUCCCACCUGAGGACAGAGCUGCUGUCUCUGGAUCUAACGAAAGGGAGAGUUCAGGAGCUUAGACUCCAGCCUUAUAGAGAAGUAUUUGAGUUGUUCAUGGAAGAAUUUAAAACCUACAAGCCCUUGUUGGCAUCUAUCAAGAAGGAAUAUGAAGCAGCCCUAGCACACCUGCGGGAGAAAAUAUAUUCCUUGGAGUCGGUGAACGCCUUUUUGGUUACGGCCUCCGACCAAUGCACUCAGCAGAUCCUGGCUUUUCAGGAGCAAGAGAAAGUUGAAAUAGCACAGCUGAAGAGGGACAGGAUCCAUCUGCUAAAGCUCAUUGACCAAAUGAAGGAGGAGAAAUGCUCUUUGGAGAUCCAGGUGAGUAAGCUACGGAAGGCGGUGGCUGAGGAGAACCUCCGCUAUCUGAACGAGCGCGAUGCCCGCAAGCUGUUGCUGCUGGAUCUUAAUGAAAUGUACCGACUGAAGGAGGAAAUGAAGCUCACCAAAGUCCAAGAUGAGAAGGGAGAAGAUCCGGUGACGUUAACGCUGGCUUUGAAGACAGCACGGCGGGACCUUACUAAAGCCCAAGUAGAGCUGAACACCAUGAAAGCCAACUAUGGGGACGUGGUGCCUAGAAGAGACUUUGAAUCUCAGGAGAACAAAUAUACUGAUUUGCUUGAAAAGAUGACGGUUCUCGAGACGGACUUUCAAGAUCUCCAAGAAGAAUACAACACGAUGCUGGAUGUCCACAGGCAGAUUGCGGAGGAGCGAGACCAAUUCUACAAUGAACUUAUCAAUGUCCAGCGUACUUCCACACCCCGUCCCGACUGGGACAAAUGUGCAGAGGUGAUUUCUGGUGGCCCUGACCGGUGGAACGCUCUGUCCGAAGGCAAGACUAGUGACCAGCUAGUGGACGUGCUUCUGGAAGAUCUUGGGGCUUUGAUUCUGAGAGAGAAGGAAACCUUCGUACCGCUGGGGAAAAGUGAGAAAGUCCCUAUAUAUCUGAGGUAUGACGGCAUGGUUCGAAACAAGAAGUUGACGAAGAAAGAGGUUGUGGCUCUCUUAAGGGAAAUCUGGAGAGAAAAGAUUACAGUAGACCAACAGAAAGGAAAGCGAUCCAGCCUGUCAGGGUUCUUCCUCAACUACUUCCAGAGAAAAUACGGUGAUACGAUUGCUUUUGACUGGACAUACACUACCUACGAAAUGAUGAAGCUCUAUCGGUCCAACGAAGCGAUGUCCCUGUUUUAUAACAUACUGACUGGAAACCUCGACGAAGGGGUAUACCACAGCCAACUCCAGCAACUUGCCACUCUGUUAAAGGAACUGACUAAUGUGGACUCGGACAAUACAGGCCAGUUGACCAGCGAACAAUUCAUCGGUGCCCUAAAGUCAGCUUUCCCCUUAAAGUCCGACGAACAGAUUCAAGAGUUAGUAGACGCAGCAGGCUGCAGGCCAGAAACUCCUGAGGAGUUCAUUUUCUACAGGCUCUUAUUCUUGGAGGAUGAAGAGGGGAGGCCAGAACCCCUGGUUUCGAAGCUGAAGGAUCAGUAUAUCAAUGACAAACAGACAUAUCUACGUGACCUACGUGCCGAACUGGGAAACAUGUACAGCCAGGUUUGCGGGUAG